AUGAAGGAAUUCAUCCUCCUGGGCCUCUCAGAGAACCAAGGAGUGCAGAAAAUAUAUUUUGUGUUGUUCCUGAUUUUCUACAUUCUCACAGUGUCAGGAAAUUUCCUCAUAGUUCUCACUGUGAAGAGCAGCCAGCACCUGAACUCCCCCAUGUACUUCUUUCUCUGCCACCUGUCCUUUGUAGAUGUUUGUUACUCCUCUGUCACAGCUCCCCAAAUGAUUUCUGGCUUCCUGGUGGAAAAUAACACCAUUUCCUUUGCAGGCUGCAUAGGGCAGCUCUUUGGGCUUCAUUUUUUUGGCUGCACAGAGACUUUCAUCCUGACAGCCAUGGCCUACGACCGCUACGUGGCCAUCUGCCGGCCCCUGCGCUACCCCGUUCUCAUGUCCCACCGCCUGUGCGGCCGUAUGGUGGGGGUCUCCUGGGCAGGGGGCUUCCUGCAUUCCACUCUCCAGACCCUGCCCUGCUUCUUUCUGUGGCCCAAAGUCCCCCACUACUUCUGUGAUGUCUGUCCCCUGCUCCACCUGGCCUGUGCCGACACGCAUGCCGAGGGCCUGGCCGCGGUGGCCAACAGCGGAGUCAUAUCCCUGAGCUGCUUCCUCAUCCUGGUCACGUCCUACGUGGUCAUCCUGGUUUCCCUGAGGGGCCAAACGCUGGUGGGGUGGCACAAGGUCCUGUCCACGUGUGGGUCCCACGUCACUGUGGUGAUCCUGUUCCUUGGGCCCAGCACUUUUGUUUACAUCCGCCCAUCCAGUGACCUGUCCAAGGACAGGAGCGUGGCCUUGUUCUACACGCUCAUCCCACCCAUGCUCAAUCCCCUCAUCUACACCCUCCGGAAUAGGGAGGUGAAGGGAGCCAUGAGGAAACUGUGCAGGAGGAGAGUGGGAAGCGAAAAUGGGAAGGGGUAG